AAAAACAGAUAGCUACGUCACUUUGACGUAGGACAUAUUACAUCACUGUUUCCUGGCACGCAGUAAGUCACGCGUACCAGCAGCUCUCAACCGGGAACCGGCAGAAAAGGACAGCUCCACCACAGCGCGCAGCAGAAAACUUCCUAAAUAGCCAAGAUGACUGUCAUGGAAUACGAAGACAAUGAAUCCAAGUUUAUCAGAAAAGCCAAAGAGAAUCCAUUUGUCCCUGCAGGGUUGGCCGGAUUCUUUGGCAUUGUGGCUUACAGACUGUUCAAGCUGAAGAGCAGAGGAGACACGAAGAUGUCCGUGCACCUGAUUCACAUGCGUGUGGCUGCGCAGGGCUUCGUGGUGGGAGCCAUGACUCUAGGAGUGAUCUACUCUAUGUACAGAGAGUACGUUCUCAAACCUCAUGAAGCACAGAAAGCGUUAGAGCAGAAGGCAUUGGAAAAUAAGUGAUUCCUGCCAUAUCCUUAAUACCAGCUGUCCCUUUGUAUCUAUUGCUAACAUAAUUUAGGAUUGUUUUUUUUUUUGUAUUAUUUCUUUAAAUGGUUUUCUUUUUAAACUGUAAUACACCUCAGAAAAGGAGGUUUGCGUUUUCAUUAUGUUGCCAGUCAUGUUUAAGAAACGUUAUACUGUAUGAAACAGAAUUGUAGCUACCGCCAACUACUAUUUAUUUAUCAUAUCAGUGAUCAAACUGAUGGAAAAAUCUUUUUUUGUUAUUGAAAAUAUUUGGAUGAGUGUCAUUUCUGCUAAUGCCGCUGCUCUCAUGUCAGUGUUGUGCCCUUGCUUCAGCACAGAGCUGUGGCGUUAAGACCUUUGCACCUUGUAACUCAAGAUUCGUUCUUGUAUCAUUCAAGUCAAAUCCAGGACGACAAACCUAACAAACCAUCAUCUGAAAUUUAACAAUGCAUUGAACACAAUACGGGGACUUCCGCACUGCUUCAGAGUGUCACGAGGAGCUUGUUCUUUUGUAGAUUUAGUGAUUGAGUGUGUUACUGGGUGAGGUACUGAAAAUUCAUAUUUUCAAAACAGACACAGAUUGCACUUUUAGAGUGAUAUAUAUUUUGAGGAUCGCAGCUACCAGUGUGUUUAUCUUUGCCAAUAAAAACUGUUGUAAUUCCAAUAAACUCUGGUUAUUUCACA